GUUCGGUAAAAAGCUGUUGGAACUUUGAAAGUCUGACCUGGAACUAAAUUUCUGUCUCGGGUCCAGAUCGGAAUCGGAUCGAGCAAUCAGAAAACGUAUCCGUCAAAGCGAAGAUCUCGCGCUUGCUCGUCUCCAGCGACCGACGACGAUAUGAUCCGAUUCAUUCUGCUGCAGAACCGGCAGGGGAAGACGCGUCUGGCCAAGUACUACGUACCCCUCGAGGAUUCUGAGAAGCACAAAGUCGAAUACGAGGUUCAUCGGUUGGUGGUCAAUAGGGAUCCCAAAUUCACCAAUUUCGUUGAGUUCCGCACUCACAAAGUUAUUUAUAGAAGAUAUGCGGGACUCUUCUUUUCACUGUGUGUUGAUAUCACUGAUAAUGAGUUAGCAUACUUGGAGUGCAUCCAUCUAUUUGUGGAGAUUCUCGAUCAUUUCUUCAGCAAUGUUUGUGAGCUAGAUUUGGUUUUUAACUUCCACAAGGUUUAUCUCAUAUUGGAUGAGUUUAUUCUUGCUGGAGAGAUUCAAGAAACAAGCAAGAGGGCGAUAAUUGAGAGGAUGGGUGAAUUGGAAAAACAGGAAUGAGAACCGGCCAUGCAACAUUUCACUCUGAUGGCAUAAAUCACUAAAGCUGGACCCUCAGUAUUAGUAUGUUUUCAGGAAGAAAAGCGGCGUGUUGUUGAACACUUAGGCCAUCGUUGAUUGCAAGGAUAUGUAAUUACCAGAUAUUUUGUCAGCCUUGGAUAUGAGCGUUUGGUGAUUGGAUCAUGAUUUGACAAUUUUACAUCAAUUAAAUACGUUGACAUGAA